GCUCAGCCUCAUUUUGUCCGCCAUGCGGGACAUGAUCCUGGGCGGUUACUCAAUGGGCCCAAAAAUUACCGGUGACGGUCGGUCUGUAAAAAUGCCCGUGAAUGACCAGACCAGAAUCAUGCGUCAAUCUGGCUUGCUUGAGCAACAAAAUAUUUGUCGAGACCGGUCGCAACGGCUUUUGUGUAUACGCGACUGAUGGUGCUCGUGCUGCAGCAAUAAGCAGCACUGCAGCACCGACAGCAGGUCAAGAUGCCCUCCGAUUCUGGAACUGCGCUGCACGUCUUGCCUCGCGCGCGUUCAAACAGGACUUAUGAGCCAUUAAGAGAGGCGUCCGAUACGCCGCCCGUGCUCGGAUACAGCGCAUUGCCUGCCACUGGGGACUGGCACGACCCUUACGACACAUACCAUCAUCAGUCGGAAGAAGACGAGUCCUCGGCGGAUCGACCUGUUUCUCAAAACCUGUUGCAGCAAUCUGAUGGACAUUUGAAAGUCCCUGAAGUAUCAGUAACAGACCUCAGAGAACCACCGCAGCCCGUGGUAUGGCAGUCGUCAUGGCGACCAUUUUAUUUGAGAAGGAUGGUCCUUCUCGCCUUUGUGGCUGUGAUGGUCAUAAUGACAAUAGCACUUGAAGUCAUGUACUCCUUAUCUGUCAAGAGACAGGGGCUGGUUCAGAGUCAGUCAAAUUUACGCUAUCUAUGGACGUAUGGCCCAACUACAGUUCUUGUUGUAUUUGCGGCAUUUUGGAGUCGAGUUGAGUACGAAGCUCAGUUGACGGCGCCAUGGUUGAAAAUGGAGAAGACCGGCAAGACUAGCGACGCUUUGCUGCUAGAUUACAUCGCCAUGUUCUCUCUCACAGUACCUUUUCGAGCACUGAAGAAGCGCGACUUCAAAGUUGCUGCUGCCUCAACAAUAUCGCUGCUGUUGGUCGUGGAGACCGUCAUAUCCACAGCACUUUUCACUUUAUCUGCAGUGCGAAUUCCAGAUACCCUAGUGCCGAUUAACAUCAAUACGCAGUUCGUGGACGAUCCUGCUAGGCUCGAAAACCCAUCCCGACUUCCCUUUUAUGGUAUGCAAGGCUUGUUAAAUGAUAAUCUAGAAUAUCCCGAAGGUUGUUCGGAUGUCUACGCAUACCAGUCUUUCAACUCAACUGCAUCGGAAGCACUUGAAACCACUGCAGAGGUAUCUGGUGUGUCUUUAGAGCUGGAUUGUGAGGAUUCAGAUUCAGCUCUGGUUGGCGUCGACUACGGCCGGCUUUUUCAAGAGUCGGAGUAUGGUCAAUGGAUGGCAGACUAUUCGUCAAUGCAGCUGAAAUAUGAUGGAUGUAGUGCAAAUCUAUCCUUCGACACAUCUCUGAUGAUUCCUGAAUCAAAUGUCGACGAGUUGAACAAUACUACACAAACAAAAUAUGCGAUGUGGCUAGAGCCCAUUCGCGGAUUUGCUCCAGGGCAGUGUGGAUCCACAAAUCCAGACAGUAACCGCCUUGUAUUCGCGUCUGCGAAGCUGGAAUACAUGUUAUACGAGGUGACAAACACUACCUGGGCUGAGAACAACGGAACAGACCUGCGUAUGAAAACUCUCAACCUCACCUCGACGACGUUGAUUUGUACACCUCGCUUCAAUAUGGUCAUGCUAGCCAUUAGCAAGAAUUCUACUGGUGUUCAAGAUAUUUCGCGAUCAAGUAAUGCGUCUUCAGCCUUGCUUUCGCAAGUUCAUCCGUGGAGUGUUGUCCAAGCCCAACGGAAAACUUUCCCAGCUUUUGACACCUCUUAUGCCAGGGUUCCGCCGAUCAACAUCGGAAAUGCGACCGUUAUAGGUGACGGCUAUUUCGAUGUUGUCACAAAAGCUUGCGGGAGUGAUUGCGACGAAGAAUCGUCUCUUCUCAACGGCCCUUUACUGCAGCGUUAUCUAACCAAGUACUACCAACAAUACGCGGCCUUUCUGCUUCACCAGUCAUUGAAGAGCCCUUCCGAUAUUACCGGGAGUGGGAAAGCCACCACUAGCACAAACCGCUUGGUGGUGCAGCCGUUGGCAUGCCAUUUAAUGGCCGGAAUCCUUGGAUUGUCCAUCUUGGUUGUUGUUGGCAUUGUGAUCUUCAUGCCAAGUCAUCUUUUAUUCCCUACAGAGCCAGGGUCAAUCAUCAGCUACGCGGUCGUCUCUAAGUUAGCUUUCCAUGGCUCCGUUCCAGGUCAUUUGAGUGGAGCGAGCAAGAAAGAACUCGAAAGAGGAAUACGAUGGAAAAUGGGCGAAACCGCAAAGCAGAGCAGCGGGUUACUCGGCAAGCCUGUUCAUCAGGUCGAUGCUCCUCAAUCACGUGGAUUUAUAAAGAUGGUCUUCCCAAACGCAUUACGAGUCUAUUAUCGGUCUAUAAUCUGUAUCUUUAUGUUGGGAUGCAUUGCUGCACUAGAAGGUACUUAUCACCUCUCUUGGAGCAACGAAGGUCUGGGCUCCGUUCCGGAUGAGACAUACCUUCAUUAUGCAUGGACAACAUUUCCUGCUAUAGUGCUGAGCCUACUGGGGAUGUACCUCUCUUCUGUCGACUUCCAGACCAGGCUCCUGGUACCCUACCAUUCCCUUGCUCGUGGGGCUCCUUUUCAGACACUCAACUUGGAUCUCUUGCGUCCCCUAUUACCAGCAGCAAUACUUCAGGAAUUUCGGACAAGGGAAUUUGCUGCAUUGUGUAGCACGAUAGCUGCGCUGAUCGGGUCUAAGCUCACUAUUGGUUCAGCAUCGCUAUUCCAUGCCGAUGUGUUCGCAGUGUCUAAUAUAGGGCCUUUAAAAGCUACGAGCACGAUCGUCACAAAUGAACCAUAUGGCGACGACGGGCUUAUCAGCACCAGUAAUUUGUACACAACAGCUCUGAUCUUGGGCAGCAAUCUCUCCUAUUCCCCGUCCAUUUACGAAAACCUGAUCCUGCCCUCGUUCACAUUGGAGGACUAUUUCGAGAAAGCACCCAGCGCAGCAACCAAUGCCUCAUCUUUAGUGAUCAAGGCCACAGUGCCUGCGUUCCGGCCUGGGCUUACUUGCUCCUUUUACCCGGCGUCUUCUAUUUCGGCUGGAGAAUUUCGUAAUCUGAGACUCAGUACCCUGUCGCGCACGACAUACAAUGGCAUAUCCGUUAACAUAACCGGACAACAAUGCUCCGAGGAUUAUACCACCAAUACUGGAUUAGCCUACGCGAACAACACGGCAACUUUCGCGAUGAACCUGACCGAAGGUGCCUACUUCGGCGCAGCGAAUAGCCCAGGGGUCACGAAUAACGGCUUUACCGUUCGCCCCUGCAGUGACGAUUUUCUGUACAUUUGGGGUCAUUAUCCCGGUCCGAGUGCAACACCGGAUAUUUCCAUCUCGGCCUUGGGCUGUAACAGAACAGCUGAAAGCGUAGACGUUGAGGUUACUUAUGUGGGUUCAGAUCUUCAGCUAGACCUUUCAAAGCCACCUCAGCCCAUUGAAUCAACCGUGAAAACGAUUCCGGGCCACUAUAACCGCACCGACCCGGGGCACAGUCUUUUUGAAGUAUACUACAGCAAUCUGGCGUCGCUUCCGCCGGCGAACGACACGGCUUUGGACGAUUUCUUCAGUCAGCUUGUCACCUCUCGUUAUGCAGUACCUUUAACCGUACUAGGAGACACAUCACAAUCCAACGUCGUCAAAGCAGCCAUCGAGUUCCAGGAUGGUGUGUACGCGGCGCAGUAUCUUGAUGUACGGCAUCGUGUCGGCCUAAACGCGUCACAAAGCGUGUACCCGGCCUUAUCCUCUGCCACUGCAAACGACGCGGCUGGCGUGUACAACGCCACAAUUACCGAUCCGUGGGGCCGCUCACGUAUUGUGCAGGACGAGACAGGCACGCGCAUUCUAGAGGCACUCCUGAUAGCAGCUUUGGUCUUGUCUCUCGCCGGCUGGUUCUUAGGACCUCGAAAGCCAGUCUUGCCUCGAAGCCCUACCAAUAUCGCAAGUGUUUUGGCACUGCUCUCCGGCGGUGACCUUUUGGACCAUGUAUAUGGCCGAGAAGGGAUUAAGGAAUGGGGUACUCUCGAAGAGUUGCAAGCUACCUUGGGAGAUGACCAGUUUUGGAUGGGAAUGGGCCCUCCAGGGGAUCUCAGUCCUGAAAGCGAGAAGAAGUUCGGAAUAUGGGUGCUGCAUGGUGAAGAGUCAGGGUAGAUCUUCCCAGAAAGAACAGUAUAUAGAAGUUUGACCAGGAAAGUGACCAUGGAAUUCAUCAAUGCUAUAUACAUACC